AGGAUAUCGACAUUUUUUGAUGGCCGCACGCGCGGUGCUCCGGGCGCUCAGAAGUACACGUCGUUUUAAUACCGGGGGUUCCGAGGGGAAAAAAUAGGAAGGGUUGCGCUGAGCGUGGUGUGUGUGUGAACUUGAAUCCCCGUCGGUAACGACGCAGCAAUGACGGAAAUCGCCGACUGGUUCCGCAGUUUGCCCGUCUUCACUCGCUACUGGUUCGGCCUGUCCGUGCUCCUCCCCAUCCUCGGUCGCUUUCGGCUGGUCAACCCUCAGCAUCUAGUGCUCAGCUACGACCACUUCGUCAAGGGUUUUCAGAUAUGGCGGCCAGUCACAUCGGUGUUCUUCUACCCCAUGGGUUUCCACUACCUGGUGAACCUCUACUUCCUCUACACAUACUCAAUACGCCUGGAGACAGGUCUAUUCGAUGGGCACCCAGCCAAUUACCUAUUCAUGCUGCUCUUCAACUGGAUCUGCAUAGUGAUUGUCGCCCUCUUGUCAGACCUCAUGCUCCUGAUGGACCCCAUGGUGCUGAGUGUCCUUUAUGUCUGGUGUCAGCUCAACAAAGACGUCAUUGUCACUUUCUGGUUUGGCACACAAUUCAAGGCCAUCUACCUUCCCUGGGUUUUGCUUGCAUUCAACAUGAUUAUCAGUGGCGGGGGCCUGUAUGAGCUGAUUGGCAUCCUGGUGGGACACCUCUACUUCUUCCUCAUGUUCAAGUACCCACAGGAGUUUGGCGGCCGCAACCUGCUCCAGGUGCCCUCCAUCCUGUAUCGCUACUUCCCCGACCGCGUUGGCGGUGUGAGUGGCUUUGGCCAGGCCCCGGCACCAAGGAGAGCAGCAGAUGCCGGCAACAACGACCCCAAUGCAGGAGGGGGCUGGCACAACUGGGGCAGGGGCCAAGUGCUCGGUAACUAGAGUCCAGCAACAACACUUCGCAGUGGGACUCUGCCACUUUCCCCAAGGAGGAAAGGGCGGGCGAGAACUUUUUGAGUUUGUCACGCAAGCGCGGUGGCAUUCACGUGAUGCAAAGCCUGGUGCGCACCGUUCCUCCCUCGCUGUCGUGCGACUCCCCUUUUCUUCUCCGACUUGUGGCCCAAGUUCGACUUAUGUGGCCCCAUUUCCUUUGUUCGUGCUGGGCACGACUAAGUGAUAAGUUUAGCUUUAACUAUAAAAAUGCAAGGGGAAGAGGCGAGAUGUAAAGAAAGAAAAACACAGCACAAACGAGGACUCAGACCAGUAUUCAUCGAUGCGUGCUGCACAAGGGAUAUCCGUAAUUCUCACGAGGCCUCUGAUAUAAAUUAUUCUUUUUGGUCGUGUACUGGUUGGGUUUUCAUGUGGUUGAACUUGGCAACUUGUUUGAAACAUUUUUCGACAGUGGCACCGGAAGAACUUUCAAAUAAUUACAUACGCGGGAUCAACAGUUCUGAUCAUGCUGUCAGGCCAGGAGUGGAAUGUAAAAUUAAGGAAUGAAUUGUUUUAUACACAUUGCUUUCUAUUUUUUUCUAUGGUUCACAGAUUUUUAGGCCUUGCAAGUGCCAUAAGGUGUGCUUUCGUCUUUGCGGGUGCUCGUCUUAAUAUCACUUGUAAACCUGCCUAAAAGCUGCACAUGUGUUUCUUUGUUGAUCAUGAACUCGCUCUGACAUGCUUGGUUAAUGAAAUGUGUUCUGGUCAUGCUUGCUGUUUUUCCACUUUUUUUUUAUUUUCUAUUAUGACAUCCUGCUUGUUUGUUUUGCGAGAGACCUUGUUUGAUCUGAGAGUGAAGCAAGUCUUGGUUGGGAUUUGGAUCGACAAUAAAACUUCUUUUAUUUCUUGGCAAA